AUGAUGAAAAACAUUCUGCUUUUCUUCGUUUGUGCGGCGAGUAUUUUCAAUUGUAAUACAACCGGACCAACGCACGGUAAGGUUGUAAUGUGCUACCUUGCCUCAUGGUCUACCUAUCGUACUGGCGGUGGAAAAUUCGACCUAACAGACAUGGAUCCGUCGUUAUGUACGCACAUUAUCUACAUGUUCGCCGGUUUGGACGAAAACCUGAUGACGAUCAAAAGUGUAGACAGUGCUCUCGAAAAAGGUUACAGUAAUGCGGGGUAUAAGAGCCUAGUGGGGCUCAAAAAAAAUUAUCCGCAUCUAAAGGCGAUACUAGCUGUUGGUGGCUGGAAUGAAGGGACAACAAAAUAUUCGAAAAUGGCCGCCAACCCCACCUACAGAGCGAAAUUCAUAACAAGUGUUGUGGAAUUUUUGCGACUUCAUCAAUUGGAUGGAUUGGACAUGCAUUGGAAAUAUCCUGUGAUACGUGACGACCAACCCCAAGAUAGACCUAAUUUUGUUUCGUUAAUAAAGGAAUUGAAAGAGGCAUUCAUGCCACAUUCCUUGAUCCUAAUGGCAGCAUUGGGCGCAACGAAGUACACUCUAGACCAAGCGUACGAUCUGCCACAACUUAACCAGUACUUGGACUAUAUAAAUAUACUGAGCUACGACUACCACGGUACUUGGGAAGGGGUCAUUGGUGUCAAUGCACCUCUGUACGGCGUCAAUGAUGACGAUGUUGUCAAUGUUGAUUACGGUCUCAAGUAUUUGCUGUCGCAUGAAGUUACAGCGGGUAAAGUAGUGCUCGGUCUAGCAUUCUUCGGUCAUGGAUACAUACUCACUGACCCUGCCACACCGGAAAUUGAAUUUGGCGUCACCCGUAUCACAACAGAAACGUUCCAAGGGCCGUAUACCAAAGAAGCUGGUUUAAUGGGAUACAAUGAAAUCUGUAAAGAGUUGAGCGACGAACCUGCAAAAUGGUCACGUCACUGGCAUGAAAAGACCGCUACUCCAUAUCUUCGUAAAGGUGAACGAGUAAUAACUUAUGACAAUGCAAGGUCUAUUGCACUAAAAGUCAAAAAAGCUGUUGAAUACAACCUCGGUGGUGUAGUAGCGUGGUCUGUGGAUACUGAUGACUUCAAAGGCUCUUGUGAUAAAGAAACGGAUUACGUGUCCGUAUCAUAUUCCUCUCUUUAUGACUUCGCUCACAAGUACAACAGAAUCGUCAACAAUCCUGUUUUAGAAGGAAUCCUUAAGGACCGCAAUCUUCCCAGUGCUGCCCAUUUGGACAAACAAACGCUGACGACGAUGGGCCACACGGAUGUAGUCACAAAGAGCAGGAACCGCGUCUGGCUGACGGACUCGGAAUCGUCGAAAUUCGCUCUAUUGCACACAAUCGACGACGUGAUGCACCUCGCCAUCGAGGAGAAGUCACUAUCUGACGAAAUGAUACGCGUCUUAACCGAGAAGGUUGAUAAACCGGGCCAAAGUAAUAAUGGCAGUAUAUACACAAUGGUUUGCUACUUCUGCUUUAUU